AUGCCUAUAAAACGCACGAAAACAAAUGUGACCACGUAUAAAUCGAAGGCUUCGUCGCUUGCGACGAAAAAGAAUGGGUCGAAAUCAUCUUCGAAGUCUACCAUUAAGGGAAAGACGAAAGAGAAACCUAAGUUUGAUUACGUGGAAUACCAAAUUCGAUGUCGACGUUUAAUCAAUAUGUUCAACAAAACGUCAAUGCCAGUGUUUGAGCCUACGAAAAUGGCAGUCUUCUCCAAACAAUAUCCCGACCAAUAUUGGAAAUGUCACGCCGAAAGUGGUCACGGAAUGAUUAACUAUAUAAACGAAGAACGCCAACUCGAAUUAAUAAACGUGGAUGUUCAUGAUCAAGGUCCAAUAACCGGCAUGACGCUCUCUCCGGAUGGUACGAUGCUUGUCACGUUUUCUAAUGUUGGAUAUGCUAAAAUAUGGGACACUUCGGAUUUUCGAAUGAUUCAAAAACUGAGAGAUUCUGAAAUCUCGGAAACACAAAUAGAUGAAUUCUUUGUUGGAAAAUUCACCCCUGAUCAAACACGGCUUGUUGUCGGGGGGAAGUUAAAAGAUAGAAUGCGUUGGUCAAUAGAGGAUGAAGAUAAUCACAUAUUACCGUGCCCGUUAAAGAUAUUUGAUGUAAUAAGUGGCAAAGUUAUUUCAAGACUUGAUGGUCAUGCAGAAGAAAUACUGUGUGUAAAGAGUAUCAUGUAUAAAGGUACCCCAUACUAUAUAACUACUAGUCAGGAUGGAUAUAUCAUCAAAUGGCAAAUGGAAUCUGAUUGGACUACGCUUGUUAGCUCAAAAAGAAUGGAGGACGGGAUAACAUGUAUGGCGUUUACGGUUUCUUUUGUUCCGAACACUGGUAACCGAUAUUUUUUGGCUGCCACCGAUGAACACAUAAGAUUGUAUGAUUUUGAAGAAGCACAGCUUAUGCAAACUUUUGCAGAUAUGUACUCGCAAUAUUGUGAUUGUGGUAAAUUUAUUCACCCUGUAGAGUCGCUUGAAGAAGAGGAGGAGGAUGACGAUGAAA